UUUUCGCGUAGAUUUAUUUUUCUAAUAAUCCAUAUAUUCGAAUUUAACAACUUCAUCUUAUUACAGCAGUUUUAUUUAUUAUGAUUGGUUGAUCGAUAUAGUAAAACCAAAAUUGCUACUCUUUUUGUCGACAAUCUGUGGGGAUCAUUCAUAAUUAAGGUGAAGGAGCAUGUGAUAAUAUGAAAUGGCAAGUUCCAUUCUAUUCUUGGGGGACAUUCAAUACGUUGUGCUCUUAUUUCUCCGAAAUCUUAAUUUGUUUCUAAGCUCCGACCACCCGAUUGCCAAUUGUCCGUUUGUCGCUUGAACUAGAAAAUUAAUGGGAACCGAUCAAACGGGAGGAUUUACUCUGUCGAGUCGCUUAUUUGCAACGAUACUCCUUCUGGAGAGCCCCAAAAAAAUCACUUUUUGCUAGUUAUCAAAUGAAAACGAGGGCUUGUCCACUUCGAGAAGUACUAAAAAACGACCUUCUCGUUCGGAUCUCAAAAUGGGGCGAAGCUGUCGUAUAAACCGCCGAAGCAAAGACAGCCAUUCUAUUUCAAGCUGCUUUUAUCAAUCCUCUCCGACAAUUCCCAAACCAAUUAAACAAACUCUAGAACCACCCUUACUAACCACUUUCCCUAGGCUUUCUUCGUAUAUAUAAGCCUUCCCUUCCAUGUUUUGUUUUCACAACACACUGACAUGGCUUCUCCUCGCACCAUGCCCGCCACCAUCCCUUGCCACUUCGCCUUGGCAUUCCUCAUCGCCGUUCUCUUCUCUCCGGCCCCAAGCCUCACCCAUGGAUCGCAGCAGAGCCCCUCCGGCUUGAACACGAUCGACCAGUGCUGGAGGACAAACCCCAACUGGCGGAGGCAGCGGCAGCAGCUGGCCCGCUGCUCGGUUGGUUUCAGUGGGAAGAUGACCAGCAACAUCGGCAAGGGGACCGUGCGGUACACCGUGACCGACCCAAGCGACGACCCGUUGAGGCCGAGACCGGGGACACUGAGGUAUGGAGCCACUUUGAUAAAUGGCGAAGUGUGGAUCACGUUCGAGAGGGACAUGACCAUCAAUCUCCAGAAACCUCUCCUCGUGAGUAGCUUCACCGCCAUAGAUGGCCGCGGCGUGACUGUUCACAUCACCGGAGGUGGAUGUUUAUUGGUCUAUAAGGCUACGGAUGUGAUUAUCCACGGCCUAUACAUCCACAAUUGCCAAGCGCAGCCACCGAGCCAGGUGAUCGGGCCAGACUCCAAAAUCCUGCCCCUCGGCCAAGUAGACGGUGACGCCAUCCGGCUCGUGACGGCGACAAAGGUGUGGAUCGACCACAACACGCUCUAUGCAUGCCAGGACGGGCUCCUCGACGUCACACGAGGGUCCAACCAGGUCACCAUCUCCAACAACUGGUUCCGUGACCAAGACAAGGUCAUGCUCCUCGGCCAUGACGACGGCUACAUCCGCGACCGCAACAUGAAGGUCACCAUCGUGUACAACCACUUCGGCCCUAAUUGCAACCAGCGAAUGCCAAGGGUUCGACACGGAUACGCACAUGUGGCAAACAACUUGUACCAGGGAUGGGAACAAUAUGCAAUCGGAGGAAGCUCGGGCCCGAGCAUCAAGAGCGAAGCCAACCUGUUCAUCGCACCGAAAGGAGGCAAUAAGGAGGUUACAUGGAGACUAGGAAGCCACGCGAGCAAAACGGCUUGGAGCUUCUACUCAGUGGGGGAUGUGUUUGAGAACGGAGCUUCUUUCAGGAAAAAGGGAAGGCUUGGCGGCGCGAAGCCUCACUACAAUAAGCAACAGAGCUUUACAGUCGCCGAUGCACAAUCCGUGAGGUCGCUGACGAGCUCGUCGGGUGUGCUCAAGUGCUCUAGGACAUGUUGAUGCUGAGCGAUACUCAGGUCGAUCGAGCAUACCUCGAUCUAAAAUUACACCUAAGAAUUAUCAAUUAUUAGAUAACAUGAGGAAGAACACGGAUCGAUCUGUGCUCGAGGCUAAGUAGAAAUGAAGUGUCUGCAUAUUUUGGACACUCUUCUAUGUACAUGACAUUUUGGAGGAUGAUAACAAGCACAGUAUGAAUCCAGUAUUGGUGUUCUAAAUUGUAAUGACAUGUAUUUGAUUCUUGA